GGGGUCUCCUGCAUUGCAGGUGGAUUCUUAACCAAUUGAGCUAUCAGGGAAGCUGACUUUAACACUUUAUUAUUUGUUUUCUGUUUGUUUCCUGAUUUUGAUUCCUCUCUUUAUCCUCUCGUCUCUCAUUUCUUUAGUGCUGGGUCUCCCCAUGCUUUCUAGUUUCUGAGACUCCAAUUAAAUACAUAUUUAACACAUUCUUUCAGAUUCUUUCCUGUUUCCUAAACUCAUUUUCUUUUUGUCUCCCUGUGUUGUAUUUUGGUAAUUUCUUCAUCUGUCUCUGAAUUCAUUAAUUGCCUCUUCAUCUGUGUCUAAUAUAUUAAUUUUAAUAAAUUAAUAAAAAUUAAAUUAAUUAAAUAUAUAUUUAUUUGAAGUCUCAGAAAGAGAAACUAGAAAGAAUGGGGAGAGAAAUCUACCUGCUCAUUCUUGAUAAUCCACUUGCUCUUUCAUUUUUCAAUCCUCAUUUCUUAAAUCAUAUUACACAUACUUCUGUGUUAUUUUUAAAGUCACUCAGUGGUGCCUGACUUUGUGACCUCACGGACUGUAGCCCACCAGUCUCCUCUGUCCAUGAGACUUGAUCCCUGGCCAGGGAAUUAGAUUUGACAUGCCCCAACUAAGAAAGAUCUUGCAUGCCUCAACUAAGACUUGGGUGCAGUCAGAUAAAUAAGUAAAUUUUUUUUUUUUUAAAGAACUCAGCAAAGAUGACAGAGCUGUAGGGACAGUUGCCAUCCACAGGCCCUGUCCCCUCAUACCUCUAAGCCCCAGUCUCCUGCAGAUUCUGACCCUGAAAUCUCCAAUCCCCCAAGUUGGGCCUGAGCUAUGCCUGAGUGCUACCUUACAGAAUUUGAAUAAUUCAGGUCCCAGUGACCUGAGGUGUCAGUUUCAGUUGCUCUGUUCCCAUGGACACAGGUGUCCCAACUCUGUAAUUAAGCUAAUAAAAGGAAAAGGGGGCUGGGCCUGCUGUCCUGUGCCUCGGAGGGACAGAGUCCCGGACCCCCGUACUGCUGAGAAUGCACCAGGCUCACCCAGAGUCCUGAGGGGAAGGCCUUAAGGAAGUCCAGGGAGCUGAAACAGAGGGAUUGUCCACACCACGCUUGCCGGGCCUGGCGCAACCACAGGUCAAGCCAGGAGGCUCACUCCCAGAGAUCUGCCCCUCCUCUGGCUGUGGCAAAGCCAUGGGCCCCGGGAGCCACCAACUCAGCCUCGGCAUCUCUGUCUCCAGCCUGGGACUUCUGCUCCUGCUCCCACUCCUUCCAGAGUGCUUGGGAGCCGAGGGCAGGCUGGCACACAAGCUGUUCCACGACCUCUUUGCCAACUACACAAGUGCCCUGAGACCUGUGGCAGACACAGACCAGGCCCUGAAUGUAACCCUGGAGGUGACACUAUCCCAGAUCAUCGAUAUGGAUGAGCGGAAUCAGGUGCUGACCCUGUACCUGUGGAUCCGACAGGAGUGGACAGACGCCUACCUACGAUGGGACCCUGACACCUAUGGUGGUCUGGAUGCCAUCCGCAUCCCCAGCAGUCUCGUGUGGAGGCCGGACAUCGUACUCUAUAACAAGGCGGACGCGCAGGCCCAGGCCUCGGCCAGCACCAACGUGGUCCUGCGGCACGACGGCGCAGUGCGCUGGGACGCGCCGGCCAUCACGCGCAGCUCCUGCCGCGUGGACGUGUCGGCCUUCCCGUUCGACGCGCAGCGCUGCGGCCUGACCUUUGGCUCGUGGACACACGGCGGGCACCAGCUGGACGUUCGGCCGCGCGGCGCCGCCGCCAGCCUGGCCGACUUCGUGGAGAACGUGGAGUGGCGCGUGCUGGGCAUGCCAGCCCGGCGGCGCGUGCUCACCUACGGCUGCUGCUCCGAGCCCUACCCUGACGUGACCUUCACACUGCUGUUGCGCCGCCGCGCCGCCGCCUACGUGUGCAACCUGCUGCUGCCCUGCGUGCUCAUCUCGCUGCUGGCUCCGCUCGCCUUCCACCUGCCCGCGGACUCGGGCGAGAAGGUGUCGCUGGGCGUCACCGUGCUGCUGGCGCUCACCGUCUUCCAGCUGAUCCUGGCCGAGAGCAUGCCACCGGCAGAGAGCGUGCCGCUCAUCGGAAAGUACUACAUGGCCACCAUGACCAUGGUCACCUUCUCCACGGCACUUACCAUCCUUAUCAUGAACCUGCAUUACUGUGGUCCCAGUGCCCGCCCCGUGCCAGCCUGGGCUCGGGCCCUCCUGCUAGGACGCCUGGCACGGGGCCUGUGUGUGCGGGAACGAGGGGAGCCCUGUGGGCAGUCUAGACCACCUGAGUCAUCCCCCAGUCCCCAGCCUCCUGACAGAGGCACUGGCCCCCCAGCAGGUCCCUGCCAUGAGCCCCGGUGUCUGUGCCGUCAGGAAGCCCUACUGCGUCACGUGGCUGCCAUCGCCAAUGCCUUCCACAGCCACCGGGCUGCCCAGCGCCGCCAUGAGGACUGGAAGCGCCUGGCCCGGGUCAUGGACCGUUUCUUCCUGGGCGUCUUCUUCUCCAUGGCUCUGGUCAUGAGCCUUCUGGUGCUGGUGCGGGCCCUGUGA